GCGGGCGGGCUGAGAGCCGCUGAGUGUGAAGUGAAUCUGGAUCUGUGAGGCCGAGCGCUGGAGCCUGCAGAUAACGCGGGGAACUUGUGAAUGCGGUCGCGGCCUCUCCCACCGAUAGCACGAAGGAACAUCCGCGCGAUAUAUACGCACAGAGCAGUCAUCCAGUGCAUCCCGACGUCGACUGUGCCCACUCGUCAGAAUGUCGCUCAGCAAGCUCUGUAGCGGCCUCCGCGCAUUCGCACCGGCGCCCCGAUGCUGGCACUCUCGGGCGCUCGCCACCCUCGCGGAGGAUGUGAAAUCGGACACGACAUUCCGCAUCCCUAUCAUUGACUUCAGCAAGUUCCGCUCAGCGACUUCACUGUCGGAGAAGAGACGUACUGCGGACGAGAUCGUGAGCGGCUUCAAGGAAGUCGGCUUCAUCUAUCUGGAAAAGCAUGGGAUCCCGAGACCCAUGUACAAACAGGCCUAUUACAAGAGCGCCGAGUUUUUCAAUCUUCCGGCAGAAGUGAAGGACAGGCUGGCUUGGGAAGACCCACGGGCCAACCGUGGUUACGUCAAGGUUGGUCGAGAGCGCGUCACCCAAUCCGCAGACGCGAAAGAGAUCGCCGAGCUCCGCGCCAAAGCCCCCGACUUCAAGGAGACAAUGGAGAUCGGGCGCGACUGGGACAAGACCUGGAAGAACCGCUGGCCAGAGGAGAGCGCCGUCCCCGACUUUCGCGACACCAUGCUGCAUCUCUUCCAGGAGUGCCAUGACCUGCACACCCUCGUUAUGCGCGCGAUCGCGAUCGGGCUCGACUUGGAGGAGAGAUUCUUUGACAACAAGAUUAACGAGCAGUAUCAUAACUUGCGGCUUCUGAGCUACCCGCCUAUCAAGAGGCAGCUGCUUGAGGAGGAGGGGCAAGCACGCGCUGGUGCACACUCAGACUAUGGCACUCUCACUCUCCUCUUCCAAGACUCGGUCGGCGGCUUGGAAGUGCAGAACCCACACACGAAGCAAUUCCAGCCCGCUACACCCAUUUCCGGCACCAUCGUCGUCAACGCCGGCGACCUGCUCGCGCGCUGGAGCAACGACGUCCUCCGCUCGACCCUGCACCGCGUCGUUGCGCCGCCCGCCAGGCAAAUCAACGCGACCGAGUCCAUCACCCCCGCGCGGCAGUCCAUCGCGUUCUUCUGCAACCCGAACCAGGGCGCGCGCAUCGAGUGCCUCCCGACGUGCACGCAGGCCGGCCAGGCGAAGUACUCCCCCGUGACGACGGAGCAGUAUAUCGUCCGCCGGCUUUCGGAGACGUACACCUGAAGCUGGAGCUGAGCUUGACGGCGGGUGCGAAGUAGGCGAGGCGUCUUGGGUGGUUAUCUGCGGGCAUGCUGUAUCUCUAGGGGUUCUCUUCUGGGCGCUGUUUGCCACCUUGCGAGUGGGAGGCUAUUCACAAAUGGAAGUUGUAAAGGUCAGACGAUCGGUGUACCAGUGCGACUGAGAGAGCGUGCUCACAGGUCUGUUGCCGCCGAUCGGGUACAUUUUGUACCAUUCAUACUCGAU